GUAACAGGGGACUUUGAAGCUUAAUUCUACUUCUCACUUCUGUGGAGGAGAAAUGUUUACGUUCUUGAAGGGAAUGUUUUUGUAGCCUGGCAUCGCCGGCUUUCUUUGGAAAAACUUCCAAAUUAAUCAUGGCAGCAAAGAGACAUUAAUCCAAGAUCAUCAAAAUGCUGCACUUUUUAACAUGGAUCUUCCUGUUCUUAAAAGACAUCAGAUGGCAAGGUGAACUUGAUAAAAAAGAUGGAGAUUCACCUGACAUCAACCCAGGCAAAAUUAAUGUAAAGGUUGAAAUGUUACCAAAUGGAGGCAAAGGCUUAAUUUAUGAAGAAAUAACAGAAUCUAACAUUCUUGAUGCUGAACAAUCCUUAGAUGACAUUUUGAAUGACACCUCAUGGAAGGCUGUUGAUGGCUCAUUGCAAACUGAAGCCUUCAUAAAUGAAGAAAAAGCGACUGAGGUUUUGUUUAGUGCGAAUCCGUCAUAUGAUGGCAUUGGAGAAAUUGACACUGAAGCUGGAAAGGGAAGGUCUAAAGUACAAAGAGUCAAAAGCUUUGUUGAGUCAGUUGGAGACGUUGCUGAUGGAGAUACUGUGAAGAAUGCGACGAUUAUUAAAAGAGCGGACUCUUUCAAAAAUAAAGAGAAAGGCAGAUUUAUCACGAAGCAUGAGAGGGGGCAACAGACUUUAACUGACGAACCUAUUAUUGAGGCAAAAAACUCUUAUGGCGAAUCGGCAAUGCACAGUGGCGAACAUGUUGUGGAUGGUACUCCCAGAGAGGCUAGUAACAACGCCGGUUAUAUUUCUGAUCUUAUUGGAAAUAUGUUGCAAAAGAAGGAAGAAAUAUCAACGGACAAUGGCUAUGGAAAGGUAUCAAAUACAGGGAGCGGUGAUGCACCUCUAAAAUCUAGAUAUACCUCUAAAAAAGAUGUAACUUUAACGAAAACGUUUGAUCGCAAUGUAAAUAAUCUGAAUGGGCAGUCAGGGAAAAGAGCUGUAUACAACAACUAUGAAGCGACAGUUAAAGUUGCACCGGGAAAUGUUGGGUCAGUCGUAAGUAGCGACACAGCUGACAGGUGUUCUGAAGAUCAUAAACGGAGUAGGAGUGAUUCAUGGGACUCUCUCGACUUGAAAUUGUCUUGUAACCUUGAAGGAGGAGAACGGCACCAAAUGGAGACAGUAGUUACAGGCACAGGGGUACAGGAAGAAGAAAAUGCAAAAGCAGAGGAUCGAGCAGUGGGCAAAUUAAAGAUAUUCAGUAAGAAAGCGAUGUCACCAGUGCACAAUGAAUCACCCAAGGCUGAAUUUCAGGAUUUCGACGUCAUUAUGCGAAGAAGGAAACUGCACACAGAUACUAUGCAAAAAGUUAGCGAUACGUUUGGGGAUUUUGGUCAUCGUGAAGACAAGAUUUUCGGAUCUUCGGAGAACAGGAAGAUAUCUCAUCGGUGGAGCUUGGUUCAACAGGCAGUUAAAAGUAAAAGUUAUUUACAGUUUGUUAAUAAAUAGGAGAGAACAUUAAAACUUUUCCUGACAUCGAAUGUACUAAAUUCAUUAAUGCUAUUUUUACCAAAGGGAAGAAACAUUCUUAGGUAUAAUUUUUAAUAAGUUAGAAUACUAUUUGUCUUAUUUUUGCUAGGAGAUACCAUAGUAUCUGCACUGCAUUGUAAACGACCUAGUGUGUUAUAGUUUUGGACUUGUUAGUUUUGGACUUACAGUUAAAGUUUUUAACCUUGAAAUUCUGUUUUAUUGUAUGGCAUGUAUUAUUAAAUGGAAUUUAAACAUAUAUACCCCUUCGAUAAGAAAUACUUUACAAAGACGAUAGGCAUUAACACAUCCCUAACUAUACAUGAGUAACUGAUCUACAACAAAAGUAAAUUCUGAUGUCUGAUAGGCUAAGCUGCGGUUUUAGGGACUGCGGGGCCCGGGACCAAAAACAUCUGCGGGACCCUUGUUCUUUACAAUUUCUUUCUUUUUUGUUAGUUGUAGGGCCCCUUUUGGCUACCAUAAGCGCGGGUCCUGGGGCCAUGGCUCCCCUGGACCCCCAUUAAAACUGCCACUGGCUAGGCUAGAGUUCGACCACAAGUGCUUUGAGCCAUCUUUAUAUGCUUGGACUCCUUUUUAUCAUUAUGGGUAUACGAAAUGGCAAGGUUGAUAUGGUCUUCAAUAAUUGCAAAAGCUUUUAGGGGAUGCAGACAAUGAAUAAUUUGUAGAUUUAAAUCUACCGUGAGUGACUUUAGACUCUGAAGCGAAUAAAAGAAGUUUCCAUACAUUACAAUUUACAUCAAUCUUCACCACAGUUCCAAACGUCUCCACUACAUUGAAAGUUCGAUCGUUUGCAAUUAAUUUCUUUUCGGUAUGGUUUCAAAUUUAUUUCUCACGAAGCCAUAAUUGCCAAUAUACUAAAAAUACUACGUCGCACGUCCAAGUUUUGAAAUGGUUUAUCUUUGAAACUCAAGCCAGGAUGUCCAUACAACACAGGGAUACAACGUUAAACGUUUGAGCUUAAUAUCAUUAGAAUUUCCACAGUCUGAAACUGUGUCACACGUGAGACCCCUUAAUUUUUGCCUUUAUUUCCAAGUAUUGCAAAUUGCAUCGAUGGACUCAUUUAUCUUAAAUACUAUUAUGUAAUAUUUAAUCUAGAUUUUAACAUGUAUGUACAGAAAAGUUUUAUUUUUAUCAAUAAUGGAUAUUGUCAAUUAGGCUUACGAUAGUAUCGAUAGUAUCAACAGUAUAUUUUAGUCUUAACAGUAAAUUACGUUGUAGUUUAUUUGGGAAUUUAAGUUAACUGCUGAAUUGAGUUUCACUGUUUCUACAAACUGGAU